AACGUCAAAUAUUGCUCAUCCAUCACAAAAAUGGCUGCUCUCAGAGUGUUCAGCCGUAAUUUACCGUAUUUACGACAACAAUUUUCCGCAUUAUUGGGAAACACGUCACCGUCAGUGAAAUUCAUAUGUGUAGUUGUGAUAAUAGGGUACAUUUUGUCAUUUUCUGACGAUGUAAUAGACGUUCUCAGUGUAACUCCAGGGUAUUUGUUGCCACCUUCUUUUCAACUGUGGUCCACUUUCACGUUCUGGUUUCUUGAAAUACAUUUGUGGGAGGUGGUCAUCGAUAUUGUGACAGUAGGCCUGUGUGGGAAAUUGAUCGAGCCACUAUGGGGUCAAAAAGAGAUGAUGAAGUUUUUCUUUUUGACGAACGUAGGUGUUGCGUUCCUGACUACGUUCUAUUAUUUGGUGAUUUUCGCUUGCACUGGGCAGGCGUCGUACCUGUUCGAUAUUCACGUGCACGGGCUGGCCGGAUACUUGGCCGCGGUCAGCGUCGCCGUGAAGCAGAUUAUGCCAGAUCACUUGUUGAUAAAAACACCCUUAGGUAAACUCACAAACAGAUCACUGCCUUUGCUGCUCCUAAUCGUGGCAAUAAUCCUGUGGGCGGUGGGGGCGCUGGAAGGCACCUACCCGUGCAUGUGGGGGAGCGGAACCAUCCUGUCAUGGAUGUACCUCAGGUUCUGGCAGAAGCACAGUAGUGGCACCAGGGGAGAUAUGGCAGAAAACUUUAGUUUUGACAAUUUCUUCCCAACGGUGCUACAACCGGUCGUGCGGGGCAUCUUGGGCCCGCCGCACCGCUGCCUCGUGCGGAUGGGGCUGUGCACGCAGACGCCGCGGCGAGUGCACCUCGCGCUGAGUCCCCGGGGAGUUAGUAUUACCAUGCCGGGAGUGGAGCCGCAAGAUAUGGAGAGGAGAAGACAAAUUGCACUCAAAGCAUUGAGCGAGAGAUUGUCGAAGACGUCCGAGCAGACGAGACAAAAGAACUUGUCAACAAAAGUGAAUAUGGAGACUGUGCGUAAAAUGCAGCAGUCGCACGUGAUUCCUCAGUUCUCGUCUGAAGCGGCCGCGCAAACGCCGCCAGCGCCCGCGGAAGCGACCCUUGUAGAUCUCAGUACUGACCCCGCGGUGCCGGCCAAACAGUCAUGAUCCACGCAGAUACUAACCUAGGAUAAGACUAUUCACUGAACUAACGAUUGUUCGCGCUCGCGUCAGAUUACCGCUGUCACAUUAGGACGCAGGUGCGUUCAGAAUCCGUUUACUACGCAGGUUAGUAGCGUGACACACCAUUAUGUUUCAAGCAGUCUUCGCCAGACUGUCAUGUUAUGAAUAUCAUCUUAUUUGUUUGCAGUAUAGCUUGUCUUUUGGCGCGUAAUAAAGUUAUUCGCGACAUUGUUUUCCCGCGCCGCUACACCGCGAAAGCUGUUUUAAUAUGCAGUCCAGUCACGCGACUAAGUGCGAGUGCCGCGCUUAAAGUCGCGCGCCUGCACCUAAUGUGAAAGCGCUUUAAACAACUGACAAUUCCUAAAGUUGAGAUUUUGUCACAGUGGUUUUACUUGAAAUGCCACAAAAAAACCACUGUUACAAAAUAGUCGCAGAAGCCACUGCGAUUCAUCCGAAUUCUAAACGAAUACAGAUAAUGAUGCUGCCCGAACUGCUAAGGCUGUGUUUAGUAGUAUUUGAAGGUCCAAGUCGAACCACAGUCGAUCUUUUUGUGUUGAUUAUGGUAUACUUGAUGGGAAAUCAGACGUUACCGUUGAACAGCAAAAAUAAUUCUUAUUGAGCAAGGAAUAAGUCCAAUGCCAAGGUCAAUAUGUUACUAAUGAUUGCCGUUGAGUUUACCUUUUAUGCUCAGUAAAAUGAUUUGAUGUGUACUUUUUUGUCAUUGCCACACACCAACUUCUGUGGGUGUGAUGGCAGAAAUGGAUAAAGCUCAUUUACUGUAUUACACACAUACAUAAUAUUAAGUGGAGCCUGAGUGUCGGGCUUCGUCGUUAAAAUUUGAAAUUUCCAAUUGGUUAAGUUAUAAAUAUCCCCAAAGAAACUGUUUGUCCAAAUAAUUUGUAGUAUUUUUUCUUUCUCUUCGUAUUUUUUUGUAAUAUUAUUUAUGUUCACACUGUACAGCAGCAUUUCUUCAGACACUGAAUUUAUACGACUAGUAUUUUGUUUUAUAUUGUAAUGUUAUGUAAGUAUGGUUCAUGUUUGUGUGGUGUCAAAAAGCGAAAUAUUUUUUGCAGAUUUUAAUGCAUUUGUUAAUGGUGUCAAGAUGGGAGAAUGGAUGGAGUGAGACAUUGUAAAUAUUAUUGAUAUUGAUUAGUGAUAUUAAAAAUACCCAAUUACUUAUUACA